UCUAAGAACAUGUUUCAGUUCACACAACUACAUUGACUGAACUGUCAUAAUUUGAUGUAGCUCAUAUACCAAAUAAAUUGAUUGAAUACUAUAUUUCAGGUUUACAAUAUCUUGAUGCACAAUAACCUGGGGCCAUAGAUCAGUGGUAGAGCACAUGCUCUGUAUGCAGGAGGUCCCAGAUUCAAUCCCUGGCAUCUCCAGAGAUGAACACAGAAGCAGAACAGCAGCUUCUCCAUAAUGCUAGAAAUGGAAAUAGUGAAGAAGUCCAGCAACUACUGAAAACCAUGGACAAAGGAGAGGUUACCUUUAAUAUCAACUGCAAAGGCAGAAGCAAAUCUAACUUGGGCUGGACACCUCUUCACCUCGCAUGCUAUUUUGGGCAUACCAGCGUUGUCAAGGAUUUGCUGAAGGCUGGUGCUGAGGUAAAUGUGCUAAAUGACAUGGGGGAUACUCCAUUGCAUCGUGCGGCCUUCACUGGGCGCAAGGAGGCGGUUAUGCUGCUUUUGGAAUAUGAUGCUGAUACUGCCAUUGUUAAUGGGAAUGGGCAAACUGCAAAAGAUGUUACACAUGAUAAAGAAAUAAGAGAGAUGUUGGAAGCUGUAGAAAGGACUCAAGAAAGAAAACUUGAAGAACUCCUCCUAGGAGCUGCACGAGAAGGAGAGACUGGAAAACUCACAGCACUGUUAAACAGGUCAAAUCCUCCUGACAUCAACUGCACUGAUCAGAUGGGCAAUACACCAUUACAUUGUGCAGCAUAUCGUGCCCACAAGCACUGUGCUUUGAAGCUCCUAAAAUGUGGAGCAGAUGCUAAAAUAAAGAACAAAAAUGGUCAGACACCCGUUGUGUUAGCCCAAGGUGCAGAAAUGAAACAAAUACUUGAAGGGGGCACUGGAAAGGUGAUCAACAAACCUCUGAAGCGAUAUGAAGGACUACUCUGGAAGAGUUCAAGAUUUUUUGGGUGGAAACCAUAUUGGGUAGUACUCGAACAUGGGGUCCUUUCUUGGUACCAAAAACAGUCUGAUAUUGGGAAUAGUAACCGUCGCCAAGGAUGCAAGCACCUGACGCAAGCUGUUUGCACAGUAAAAAGUUCAGAUGGCUGUGUCUUCUCUGUCAAGUGCUUUGAUAAUACAGUUCUCAGCUUUAAAGUUCCCAAGACCACUCAACAGUCAAGAGAGAACUGGGUACAGGCAAUACAAGAGCAUUCAGCAUACAGCACACACUACUGUACUCAAGAACAACUCAGCGAUGAUGAGGAAGAAGAUGAUACAAUAUCAGUUGCUGAGUUACAAGACUCCCUAAAAAUUGCACAGUCAUGCCAGCAAAAGCUAGAUAAGGAGAUUUCUGGGUUUCUCUCCAUGAUUAAGACAUACGACACCACUGAAGGGGUGCCUUCUUCAUUUCUCAAUAAAGCUGAAGAAGUCUCUGAAACGUCAAGAGAAACUUGCGAAUCCCUAAGUAACUGUCUGAAACUCUUUACUAAGCAAGAAGGGGUGAGGAAUCUGAAACUGGAGCAUGAGCAAGAGAAAAACAAGAUCUUAUCUGAAGCUCUAGAAACACUAGCCACUGAACACCAUGAAUUAGAGCAGUCACUAGUCAAGGGGUCACCACCUCUGAGCAUCCUUAGCGAGGAACAAUUCUAUGAUGCUGUUUCAGAUUCAGAAUCCGAAAAAUCAUUGAGUGAAUUUGAAACUGGGACCGCUUAUUCGUUAGAAGACAGUGUGGAUUCUAGUGACACUAUAAUGUCCGAUAUGUCUGAAGAAAAAGCCUGUAAAAGUGGAGAGACUCUAUCAAAUGGCAUCAAAAAACACAGGACAAGCUUGCCCUCUCCAAUGUUUUCUAGAAAUGAUUUCAGUAUUUGGAGCAUCUUAAGAAAGUGCAUUGGAAUGGAGCUGUCCAAGAUCACCAUGCCGGUAAUUUUUAAUGAGCCACUGAGUUUCCUACAGCGACUGACAGAAUACAUGGAGCACACAUACUUAAUUCAUAAAGCCAGCUCGCUUUCUGACCCAGUUGAAAGAAUGCAGUGUGUAGCUGCCUUUGCUGUCUCGGCUGUUGCUUCUCAGUGGGAACGUACAGGAAAGCCAUUCAACCCAUUACUUGGAGAGACGUAUGAACUGGUCAGAGACGAUCUUGGAUUCAGACUCAUCUCGGAGCAAGUUAGCCAUCACCCCCCAGUCAGUGCUUUUUAUGCUGAAGGGCUGAAUAAUGACUUCGUAUUUCAUGGUUCCAUUUAUCCUAAACUCAAGUUCUGGGGAAAGAGUGUUGAAGCAGAACCUAAAGGAAUAAUAACUCUAGAACUUCUUGAACACAAUGAAGCAUAUACAUGGACAAAUCCUACAUGUUGUGUGCAUAAUAUUAUCGUGGGCAAGCUUUGGAUUGAGCAAUAUGGGAAUAUGGAAAUAACCAAUCACAAAACUGGUGAAAAAUGUAUGUUAAAUUUCAAGCCCUGUGGACUUUUUGGAAAGGAAUUACACAAAGUUGAAGGGUACAUUCAAGAUAAAAGCAAAAAGAAACUUUGUGCACUAUAUGGAAAAUGGACUGAGUGUUUGUACAGUGUCGAUCUUACUACAUUUGAAGCUUACAAAAAAAAUGACAAGAAAAACACAGAGGAGAAGAAAAACAAUAAACAGUUAGGUAGUUCUGAUGAACCGGAUGAGAUGCCCCUGCCAGAUUCUGAAAGUGUGUGUGUUAUUCCUGGAAGUGUGUUGUUAUGGAGGAUAGUUCCAAGACCUUCAAACUCGACACAGAUGUACAACUUCACUAACUUUGCUAUGGCUUUGAACGAAUUGGAUCAAGAAAUGGAAAGCGUUAUUCCUAAAACUGACUGCAGGUUAAGGCCAGAUAUAAGAGCUAUGGAAAAUGGUGAAAUAGAUGCAGCCAGUGAAGAAAAGAAAAGGCUUGAAGAAAAGCAAAGAGCUGCUCGUAAAAACAGGUCUAAAUCAGAGGAAGACUGGAAGACGAGGUGGUUCCAUCAAGGUCCUAAUCCCUACAUUGGUGGACAUGACUGGAUUUACUCUGGGAACUACUGGGACAGAAACUACUUCAGCUUGCCUGAUAUUUAUUAAAAUGCAUUGGAAAGUCUGAGGCUAACACAAAUAAGUCUUAAUCAGUUUUCAGUGUUUUCCUUUGUUCCUGUAUUCUUAGAAAAAAACUGACAAGUUUAAUUGAAUGUACUAUUAUGCAGCUUCCACAGCAACUAUGGUAGCACAAGAUUGUUGUUGGAAGUUGUUUUUGUCAUACUCCCUAUAUUGCACUAUGCAUACAUUCACAUCAGUUACAGGUGCUGUACUUCAGAGAGAGAGAAAGAGAGCUGCCUAUAUUUGCUGAAGGAGGCAAUAUAAUGUUCAGUUCCAGGUGAAAGGGAAAACAGAACACCUUUAGGUUUUCUAUUUUCCUCUUUGGUCAGUGAUAGCUCUGCUGGCAUAAUGGAAAUUUGAGACCUCUUAUAAGACAGAAAUAUCAAAAGCACACUCAUGAAAUGCAAUACUACUAUGGCUUGAAGCCAGAUAAGGGCAUGCCACAUUUAGGAAAGGAUUACUCAACUUUUUCUGAAAGUGAUAUUCCAUUACUUCAUAAAAUACUGGAUUAUGGAAAAUGAGUAUAUUAAACGUUACUAUCUCUGCACCAAUCUGCCCCUCCCAUUCGUCCCUAGGUAUUGAGUAGGAUUAAUUGGUAACAUUACUCAGCAGUGUCUAUUCCACAUUUAGUGCAGUGUUUUGAAUUUGCUCUUUCAUGUUUUAUUACAAUGCUCAUAUCUUUAAGGAAUUAAGAGCCAUUUAAAUCUUUGAAAGUUUAAUUUGAACUAAGAUGAAGUAUUUUUUUUUAAGAAAAAAUCUGCAAUGCACUAAGAGGUGCGCAGCACUAUCUGAGAUGAGGGUGGGUAAGUGGGCGGGUAAGAAUCCUAAGCAAAGGGAUGGGAUACUCCAGAUGCACAUGGGCAUUUGCUGUCAGAAGCAAACCCUCGAAGGACGUUGGUGUGCAUUUCAAAGGCCAGUAAGGCAGCUCUGAGACUACUGUACAUAGCAGAUUUACCCCUUUGUUUGGGGUGCAUUAAACUUUAUGGGAUUAUAUAUUUGUAUAAAACUGAGUACAUAAACUCCAGAGGGCUUGCUGCUCUUGUAUAAUUUAAUUGCUGUUUGGAAGUAUAGCGUUAACUAAAUAAUUUAAUUGCUAUUAAAUAAAAGCUUUAAACUGUUA